AUGUCGGAUAUGUUUAUUGAUUUGACUGCCCCAAAUGGACUCCUUUACACUCAGCCAACGGGUCUCUUCAUCAACAAUGCGUUCGUUCCUUCUAAAUCCGGAGAAAUGAUUAGCAGCAUCAAUCCAGUUAACCAAGAAAAUAUUGUAUCGGUUUCCGCUGCCAGCGCGGAUGACGUUGAUCUGGCUGUUCAAGCAGCUCGGACGGCGCUCAGUGAUCCUUUAUGGAAGUCCAUGUCUUCGUCAGAUCGAGGAAAGCUGAUGAACAAGCUAGCCAAUUUGAUCGACGAGAACAAGGAGGUUUUGGCGGUUAUUGAAUCUUGGGAUAAUGGAAAACCGUUUAUGGCUGCUUUGAAUGACGACCUGGGGGAAGUUGUCGGCACUUUCAGCUAUUAUGCUGGCUGGGCUGAUAAGAUACACGGACAGACGACAAGUGGACCUGUGUCAAGCCGAAAGUUGGCUUACACCGUCCGUGAGCCGGUUGGUGUCGUGGGCCAAAUCAUUCCCUGGAACUUCCCUCUGGCUAUGGCAGCAAUGAAACUAGCACCUGCCCUCGCUUGCGGCAACACCAUUGUUAUUAAAGCCGCAGAACAAACUCCGCUGAGUAUUCUCUACCUCGCAACUCUGAUCCUGAAGGCAGGGUUCCCCCGGGGCCUAGUAGCUCACCCUCACGUGGAUAUGAUUUCUUUCACGGGCUCGACCGCCACGGGCAAGGAGAUCAUGCGUCUAGCCGCCGGAACCAUGAAGCGUAUUCUCCUUGAAACCGGCGGGAAAUCUCCACUGAUAGUAUUUGAAGAUGCAGAUCUUGAGCAGGCUGCCAGAUGGGCUUGCUUUGGUUCCAUGUACAACCAAGGACAGAUUUGCACUGCAACGUCUCGGAUACUCGUGCAGGAGGGAAUAAUGGGCCGGUUUAUUGAUCUUCUAAAGCAAGCUGUGGGCGCAAUCAAGGUGGGCGACCCUUUUCACGACGACACCUUUCAAGGACCCCAGAACAGCAAGGAGCAAUUCGAUCGGGUGCUCAACUACAUCGAGACUGGUAAGGCGGAUGGCGCUACCGUGAUGGCUGGUGGGACCGCUAUUCCUGGCAAAGGACUCUAUAUUGAACCUACAAUCUUCACUAACGUCGACGAAAAUAUGUCCAUUUGGAAGGAUGAGAUAUUUGGCCCAGUUGUCGUGGUAAAGAGCUUUACCAGUGAACAAGAAGCGGUCCAGUCGGCGAACAAUAGUAUUUAUGGGCUUGGGGCGGCAGUUUUCACGAAGGACAUUCAACGAGCCCACCGCUUUGCUGGUGAAAUAGUAUCAGGGACCAUCUGGAUCAACAGCAGCAAUGAUGGUGAUGUACGAGUUCCCUUUGGUGGAAUGAAACAGAGUGGAAUAGGAUGCGAACUCGGCGAGGAAGGAUUAAGGGCCUACUACCAGACGAAGGCCGUUCAUAUCAACAUUGGAAAUGUAAUUUAG